UGACUCGACAAAACCAAAACCCAAACCCAAUGGCUCAAACUAUCUUCUCCUCCAUACUCUCUUCCUCUUACUUCCUUCACCGCUCUCACACUCCGAACCUCUCCCUCCGAACCUCUUCCCUAACCUAUCCAUUUUCUUCUCCGAUUCACCGAACCACCACUUCCAUUGCUGCUGCUGCUAACAUAGCCGUUCGUCCCAAUGUUGUUCCUCCCAUUGAAUCUGUUACGCAGCUAAUUGAAUCGUUGAUUAAUGGUGUUGAUUUGUCCGAAUCUGAAGCCGAAUCUUGUCUUCACUUAAUGUUGAAUGAAGCUAAUGAAUCUCUGAUUAGCGCUUUUCUUGUGCUUCUGAGAGCUAAAGGAGAAACUGUUGAAGAAAUUGCGGGGUUGGCGAAGGCUAUGAUGAAACAUGCUACGAAGGUUGAAGGUUUGGUUGAUGUGGUUGACAUUGUGGGAACAGGAGGGGAUGGUGCAAACACUGUUAACAUUUCAACUGGAGCUUCCAUUCUAGCUGCUGCUUGUGGAGUAAAAGUUGCAAAGCAAGGAAGUCGUUCGAGUUCUUCCGCAUGUGGAAGUGCUGAUGUGUUAGAAGCAUUGGGAGUCAUUAUUGACUUGGGUCCUCAGGGGGUUAAAAAGUGUGUGAGUGAAGUGGGAAUUGGAUUUAUGAUGUCUCCGAAGUAUCACCCUGCAAUGAAGAUUGUCAGACCUGUAAGAAAGCAGCUCAAAGUAAGAACUGUAUUCAAUAUAUUGGGUCCAAUGUUAAACCCAGCACAAGCCCGUUUUGCAGUUGUUGGUGUAUACACAGAAGACUUGGUUUUCAAAAUGGCCAAAACACUUGAUAGAUUUGGCAUGAAAAGAGCUUUAGUUGUCCACUCUGAAGGUUUGGAUGAAAUUAGUCCUCUUGGACCUGGUCUGCUGCUUGAUGUUACUCCAGAAAGGAUUGAUAAAUUCUCAUUUGAUCCCUUGGAGUUUGGCAUUCCUCGGUGCACUCUUGAAGACUUAAAAGGCGGUGACCCAAAAUACAAUGCAGAGGUUCUCAAACGUGUUUUGGAUGGAGAGAGAGGACCUAUUGCCGAUGCUUUUGUGAGUAUUGGUAUUUUUUGUGUAGCUGAUGGGAGGGAUGCUGCCCAUGGAAUGAAAAAUAUAAUAAUGCUUUCAAUGCAACUUUGGCUAGGAGUUUAUGAAAAUUUGGUUAAGAUGGAAUAUAUUCCCUUCUAUCUUAGUUUGAUCCUGUUACUUAAAAUUCUAUGUGAAUCAUUUUGAUUCUAACCUUUUCAUUUUGCUACGGGCUUAUGGCUUUGCUUGUGUUUGAAGAAAUUGAAUAUAAUAUGAAAUUAUGUCAAGAUUAAAGAUUUCAUGAUGAUGAGAUAUGGAUGGUGUAUACUUUUACUUCUCCCAUAAAGUAAAAAAAGUCUUGCCAUUCUAGAGACAACUAUUUUACUGAAAUUAAAUUAGUUGCGCAUUCUCUAUUGCUCUUUUUGUUUCAAUUUUUCUGUAAAAUACUGAAAUUCAUAUAUGUCCUGCAUUAUCUCUUGGUACUCUGAUCACUCGUUAAGUAUGUACACAUUAGUAGUAUCAUAACACAUUAUGUACAAACUAGGUUCUCAAUGCUGCAGCAGCUCUCUUGGUCAGUGGCUUUGUGAGGAACCUAGCUGAAGGGGUGUCUUUGGCGCGUGAAACA